AUCCCCGCCUCCGGAUUCCAAUUAGGUCUCCUCCCGGCGAGGCCGCGCCGCCAUCGGAGGCCACUCGUCCGCGCAUUACCACAGCCCCCGCUCGAUGAAGCGUAGAGACGCAAUCUAAGGCUUCUUAUCUGCUUUGUCUUCCUGUCCGAUUUUGGGGGAUGUCGGACAAGGCGCCGGAGGUCAUCUCGGCGGCGUGCGCGUGCUGCGGGCUGACGGAGGACUGCACGCCGGAGUACAUCGAGUCGGUCCGGGAGCAGUUCGGCGGCCGGUGGGUGUGCGGCCUCUGCGGCGAGGCCAUCGAAGACGAGAUCGGCCGCGCCGGGCGGUGGAUCUCCAUCGACGAGGCGCUCAGCCGCCACACGAGCUUCUCCGAGCGCUUCCGCGCCGCCGGACCGCCCGUCGACACAGUGGAGCCCAUGAUCGCCGCCAUGCGGCAGCUUCUCCGCCGGAGCCUCGACUCGCCGAGGGCUACGGCAAGCAGCACUCGCCGAAGUGUGGAGGAGGACGCCGGAGAGGGCGGCGGCACCGCCGCCCGCAGAUCACUUGCGAGGCCGAGCAGCUACCUCUCCACUGCGGCCCGCUGAAGCCCCCCUCCCCCGCGAGGAAAUCGACACGGUAAGCGUAAGAGCGAGUCACCAGAAUCCUACUCUCGACCUUUGUUAAUAUUGAGAAUAAAACUAACCCUUGUUAGCCCUGCAUUUAGCUUCUUAAUCUACCUUUUUGCAUCAAAAAAUGGAUUAAUAUCAAGAUCAGAAGAAAAAAAAGAAGAAAAUUCAGCUAA